UAUGCCACACACCCACUGACUGAGGGCGGCAUAGAUGGAAUGCUAUCACCUCCCUCCUUUGAGCUGUCAGUUGACAGCGCAACACCGAGCCGGAAGCAUCGUAGGAAAUAACACAGAUUUGAUAAACCGUAGAUUUUAGAUUUCUCCUCUUUAGCACUGGAAUAACGGUUGGGACACUAGCAUAUUUUGGGGCUGACCAACGAACGCGUAAGAGGGAGGAAAUGUAAAAGGACUGACUAGGUUUCUAGUUUAGCAAGCUAUCGUUAGCUUUGGCCAGUGCAGCUGCUACGGUCGGAGUGUGUAGUAGGCAGGCGAGCUCCGUUGGAAUCUAAAACCUAAGGCAAAUUGGAGUAUCUAGCUAAUACAGAAAAGACUACAGUUGUUUUUGAUUGAUCGCUAGCUAAAUGCAGAGUGUAGGUGAUCAUUGAGAGGCUACUCUCCCAGCUCCAUAACGAACUGUCACUGACUGAGUGAUAUCCAGCCAAUUGCCACUAAAGAUGGCUACGGCGAGCAGUAUUGCCGCAUCUAUUGCGAGCAAGACGAAGACGAAGAAGAAACACUUCGUGGCUCAGAAAGUGAAGCUUUUCCGAGCCAGCGACCCUCUGCUCAGCGUCCUCAUGUGGGGAGUCAACCAUUCGAUCAAUGAGUUGAGCCAUGUUCAGAUCCCUAUCAUGUUGAUGCCUGAUGACUUCAAGGCCUACUCCAAGAUUAAGGUGGACAAUCACCUCUUCAACAAGGAGAACAUGCCGAGCCAUUUCAAGUUUAAGGAGUACUGUCCUCUGGUGUUCCGUAACCUCAGAGAGAGGUUUGUCAUCGAUGACCAAGAUUUCCAGCAGCCACGCCCUCCUGAGGAUGCGCCUCCGCGGCCCAAAUCUAACGUUCAGCAAAGGCUGCAAACGCUGCGGAUCGCCACGCGCUUUUACUGCGCCAUGAAACACGCCAAGGAGCUGCCCACCUACAAGGACAACGACUUCGUCAAUGAUGGACAGAAGAUCUGCAUCGACGACGACAACAAGAAGAUGUUCCUGGAGAAGCUACGUAAAGACGUGGAGUUCCUGGCCCAGUUGAAGCUGAUGGACUACAGUCUGCUGGUGGGGAUCCAUGACGUGGAGCGGGCUGAGCAGGAGGAGGUGGAGAGUGAGGACAACGAGGGGGACGAUGAGGGGGAGAGUGACGGAGGGAUUGGCACUCCCCCUGACUCCCCCAGUAACACCCUGGACAGCACCAAGCCCCUGUCCCCCGGGGAGUUUGACCCCACCAUAGACGUCUAUGCCAUCAAGAGCAACAACGGUGCUCCUAGGAAGGAGGUGUACUUCAUGGCGGUCAUUGAUAUUCUGCAGCAUUACGGGAUAAACAGUAUAGAUGACAGUCCUUGUAGCUCUCCGGUAUCCCUUGUGUUAUGUCAUUACAGAUCUAGGGAUAAUCCUGUGUGUUUAGGUGCUCCUAGGAAGGAGGUGCAGGGAUAA